AUGCGCUGGUUCCACACCCCCGCGACGCCCGACAACCCGCAUCCGCGUCAUCCCACCUCUGCGGAAUAUGACCGCCCCUCGAAUCCUCGCGGCCAGAGCCUAGCAGGCUACCCGGGCGUCUCUCCAGUCCCCGGCGUCGUGCCAGAGGUCGAUGAGCCGCCCCUCCCCCACAUCUCGCCUCUCAGCACGCUCGCAGCCCAGCUCCGAGGCCAUCCACCCUCGCCCUUGGGACAAGUAUCUCCCGAGGCAGCAGCGGCUGUUGCCCGCGCCGCCGGCCAGCACUUGCCCGGAGGAGAACCUCGGGCCGAGCAGAUAUGGGCACCACUCCCGGAGGAAGAGUACGACAAUCUCGAAGAAGACUACGAAGGGCCGUUGACGUGGCGCGAGAAGUUGCAAGAGAACCAAGAGAUCAUUUCGACGUUUAUUGCGGGCGGACUGGCAGGAGCUACGUCCCGCACGGCUGUUGCGCCUCUUGAACGCCUCAAGAUCAUUCUGCAGGUUCAAUCGGCGACUCCAGCGUCGGGGGCGGGGGGACAGGCGUACGGCGCAGUCUGGCCAAGCUUGGUGCGCAUGUGGAAGGACGAGGGCUUUGCGGGCUUCAUGAAGGGAAAUGGCAUCAAUGUCGUGCGGAUUCUGCCGUACUCGGCACUGCAGUUUACGUCGUACGGGAUGUUCAAGAGAUGGGCGCAGGAGUGGAGUGGGCCUGACGAACCGAUCGCAGUUCCACUGCGCUUGGCGUCUGGCGCUGGCGCCGGUAUCGUCGCCGUGAGCGCGACGUACCCCCUCGAUCUUGUGCGGGCGCGCCUGUCGAUUGCAACUGCCAACAUGGCGAGCUCGUCCAAGCAUGGGUUCACGAGCGAGGACGCCAAACUCGGUAUUGCGGGGAUGACGAAGAAGGUGUAUCGCACUGAGGGUGGCAUUCGGGGUCUCUACCGCGGCGCAUGGGCCACCGCCGUUGGCGUCGCGCCGUACGUCUCGCUCAACUUCUUCGGGUAUGAAUCGAUGAAAAACAUCAUCAUGCCGCCUGAACUCGAGAUGGGCGACACUGAGUUUGCAGCCCGCAAGCUCCUCUGUGGUGGCCUCGCCGGUGCCAUCUCGCUCCUAUUCACGCACCCUUUCGACGUGCUGCGCCGCAAAAUGCAGGUCUCGGGCUUGGGCGGUGAGAAGGGUCUCGGCGCGAUCGGGACGCUGCGGGAAAUGGUGUCCGAGGGCUUCUGGAAGGGAAUGUACCGCGGUCUCGUGCCCAACUUUGUCAAGAUUGUGCCGUCGAUGGCCGUGUCUUUCUACACCUUUGACACAGUGCACGACCUCUUAGCAGAAUGGGCCAACGACGAGGACGACGAGUCGUACGAGGCGUAA